AUGAUGCCCAGGCUACAAACAAGAACAUCAGGGAUAGCACCGUGGUCAUGCAGCAUUCUCUUGCUGGCCUCAGCAACGCCAUGGUGGGAGUACAGCAAAGGCACCGGCAAGUAUGCGGAAACAAACAUAUGUGAAAAGUGGAUUGCAAAGUGGACGUGCACGUCGCGAGUCGCGGGAGUCAUUAACCUGGAGUUGCAGACGCUGCGCGGCUUGGUCGGAAUGCUCCAGCGUGGGGGGGGAGACACCACCAAGCAGGUCGAAACGGGUAUCGACAGUAAAAUCGACGAGCCCAUCAACGCGUUACUCUGCCAAGCCCUCGUGCCCAAGGAGGCGAUUCCGAAUGCCACUUGCCCUUGGCAGGAGGAUUGCAGCGUGCACGUUGGCUAG